AUGUUCUCACAAUUGCAACACUCAGUUCCCAUCUCUGGAGUCACACAACAUCGUCUCUUGGACGAUAUUUCUGGUUUUGUUACUCCUGGAAAACUGACGGUCCUCAUGGGCAAACUGGGUGCUGGAAAGACCAAAUCUGCGGCUAUGUCUCUUGCUGGUGUUGUUGUUGUGACACUCUUCACUAAUUAUACCAUUCCCAAGCCAAAUAUUCCUGGUGCUCUCCACUGGAUCAUGUAUAUCAAUGCUUGCGUGCAGCCUGUGCGCUAUGGUCCUGCAUAUCUAAAUAUAUUGUUGACUAACCAGCCUGGUCAGAAAUUUGUCAAUGGCAACCUCUUCAUGGAGUUAUCCUAUAGCUACUAUUACAGCAAUCUUUGGAGGGGACUGACCGAGGACAUUGACAUCCGUCUGUCACAUUUUGGGCGCAGAGGCCAGUGUUGA